UUUUGCUUUGUGAUUGUGUUUGUGUGGCAACGUGUGCAUGGUGUGCCUAUUCGCGCUGCCUGGCAAGUAUCGGUAGCGCGCCUUUUCGGACUUCGCACACGCAUAUUUCCUUCUACUGCUCUUCCUAAAGCAAGGACGAGAUGGCUGAAGACCUUCCGUACAUGGCCGAAUACGCCAAAAGCGGCCGCGCGUCCUGCAAGGGCUGCAAGUCGAAGAUCGACAACGCCGAGCUUCGCCUUGCUGUCAUGGUGCAGUCACCCAUGUUCGAUGGCAAGACGCCCAACUGGUACCACUUCAUGUGCUUCUUUGCCAAGCAGCGGCCAAAAUCUGUUGGUGACAUCGACAAGUUUGGCACGUUGCGUUAUGAAGACCAGAAGCGCAUUCAAGAGAAGAUUGAGAGCAAACUCGCAACUGGAACAACUGAAGAAGACUUGAAGGACUUUUCCACCGAAUAUGCGAAAUCCAGUAAGAGCACCUGUAAAGGCUGCAAUGAGAAGAUUGCUAAAGGAGAGGUCAGGAUUUCCAAGAAUGACUACGACAGCAGCUACGCCAAGAUGCGAGGUGCCAUCCCCAUGUGGUUCCAUGUGGACUGCUUUGUCCAGAAGCGGGAUGACCUCGACUACACGUUGGGUGCUGAAAGCCUUCCAGGUUUCAUGACGCUUGGUGUGGACGACCAGAAAAAGCUCAAGGAGAAACUGAAGAAAUUGGACAGGAAGCGGAAGCCGAAGGAAGCUGGGGACACAGUUGAUGGGCCGUCGUCUGCGAAGCAGCCGAAGAAGGAGGUUGAUGUUGAAGAGGAGAAAGCCCUCAAGAAACAAUCGGACCGUGUUUUCAAGCUUCGCGGCGACCUGCAGAAAAACCUGUCAAAAAAGGAACUGCAAGAGCUGCUUGAGUUCAACAACCUGGACAUUCCUCCUGGUGAAAGCAGGAUCUUGGACCUUCUGUCUGACUGCAUGGCCUUUGGCGUUCCAGCACGCUGUCCCGAAUGCAAAGAGGGCCAGCUGAAACUCCAGACGCAUGGCUACACGUGCACUGGCAACAUCAGUGGGUGGACCAAGUGCAUCUAUGUGACGCUCGAGCCCACCCGAGUGCCGUUCAAGGUUCCACAAGAGUUCAAGGAAACCUAUCCUUUCCUCAACAACUACAAGAGCGUCACAAAGAAACGUGUCUUCCCAAAGAACCUUCCAAAGCCUUCAGAGGCGUCGACGUCAGCCAACGGCAGUGUUGGCAAGCAGCGGCCCCUGGAUGGCUUGGAGGUGGUGUUUGGCAAGACAGUGACACCGGUUGAGGAACUCAAGAAGAAGCUGACACCCCUCGGUGCCAAGGUGGCGGCUAAGGUGUCCGAGAAGACCCUCUGUCUCAUCUCGACAGCGGAGGAAGUCAAGAAGAAGAGCAAGCGUGUCAAGGAAGCGGAGACGUUCAACGUACAUGUCGUGUCUGAGAACUUUGUCGACUCCCUGGCCAGCGGGGGUGCCGCCGCCAACGUUGACCAGUUCAAGCUUGCACCGUGGGGCGGUGAUGCUGGCUCCAAGAUAGAGAAGUACAAGUCAAAGUCGCAAAUGGACCGAAUGUUUGUCAAGAGUGGCCCCUCGACUAUGAAGCUAACUGUGAAAGGAUUGGCAGCUGUGGAGCCUGACUCAGGCUUGGCCGAUGUUGCGCACGUCUAUGCCAAGGGUGACGAAAUCUACAGCUCGAUCCUGGGUCUCGUCGAUGUGAACAAGGGCACCAACUCCUACUACAAGCUGCAGCUGUUGGAGAGUGACAAAAAGAACCGGUACUGGGUGUUCCGUGCGUGGGGUCGUGUGGGAACGAGCGUAGGCGGUAACAAGGUAGAAGAGAUGGACUCGCUGCAUGAGGCCAAGACACACUUCAAGUCCCUUUUUGAAGAGAAGACCGGCAACCUCUGGGAGGAUCGCAAGGACUUCGUCAAGCAGCCCAACCGCUUCUACCCGCUCGAGCUUGACUAUGGCCAGGACAGCGUCGACAAGAAGCAGCUGAAGCCCAGCAAGGACUCCAAGCUGCACAUGGCCAUUCAAGAGCUCAUCUGCAUGAUCUUCGACAUGAACAACUUUGAGAAGACCAUGCUUGAGUUCGAGAUUGACUUGACCAAGAUGCCACUGGGAAAGCUGUCAAAGCGACAGAUUCAGAAGGCAUACUCGGUGCUGACAGAGCUGGCAGAGCUGAUCAAGUCUGGCGGAUCAGACAACCAGUUCACGGACGCUUCGAACCGCUUCUACACGCUCAUCCCGCACGACUUUGGCAUGAGCAAACCGACGUUACUCAAGGACGACAAGCUUAUUGAGCAAAAGGUGAACAUGCUGAGCUCGCUGCUGGAGAUCGAGGUGGCUGUCAACCUGCUCAAGAACGAGGGCGACACCGAGGAGGACAAGCUGCACCCCGUGGACUUCCACUACAGCCAGCUGAAGGCGGACAUCCAGGUGCUGGACCGGUCGCACGACGAGUUUUCGUUGCUGAGCAAGUACGUUGAGACGACACACGCCGAGACGCAUCGCUCUUACAAGCUGGAGAUCCUCGAGCUGUUCAAAGUGGUGAAAGACGGCGAGGCGAAGCGCUACAAGCCCUUCCGGAAGCUACCCAACCGCAAGCUGCUCUGGCACGGGUCGCGGCUUGCAAACUUUGCAGGCAUCCUCUCCCAGGGGCUGCGCAUUGCUCCUCCCGAGGCACCUGUGACUGGCUACAUGUUUGGCAAAGGUAUCUAUUUUGCCGACAUGGUCUCCAAGAGUGCCAACUACUGCUGUACAUCGCCCAGCAAUCCGGUGGGACUGCUGCUGCUUUGCGAAGUUGCUCUGGGAAACAUGUAUGAGCGAAAGAAUGCCGAAUUCAUCACCAAAUUGCCUCCCAAUUACCAUUCCACAAAGGGUGUGGGCAUGACCUAUCCAAACCCGGAAAACAAGGUCGUCACCCCCGACGGUGUUGAGGUGCCCAUGGGGCCCUCUCUCAAGGACACCAAAGCUGGCGCCAGUAGCCUGCUCUACAACGAGUACAUUGUGUACGACACUGCUCAGGUCACCAUGCGCUACCUCAUGAAGGUGAAGUUCAACUACGGCAUUUGAAGGGAAGGCCACUGAGAUUGUGUGUCAUUUGCAUUGGACUGCAUGCUAAUGCAAAUGAAGUCGGCAAGUUUAGAAGGCAAAGAAUGUGCGAGCUUUGUAUGGGGUGAAGCGUUCACUGUUGCACCAGAAUGUUACGCCCUGUGCAUUUUUUUGUGUGGCUCUGACUUCAGCAGUGAUAUUUUCUUGGGAUGUGGUUUGCUUCGAGCAUAAAUGGAAAGCUGUGUGCAUGAAGAAUGUGUAUGUCUGCUUUAAUGCAGUAGAAUCUUAAACAGGCAGCGCAAGAAGUGGAACACGAUUCUAUGUCUCUGACUGCUCAUAAUACGAAACCUUGAGGAGAUCUUGAUCGUUAAGGUUAAAUGAGCGUUGGGCAUCCACAAGAAUGAAUGGUUGCUCCUGGCUUCUUAGAUCGUGUGCACUUAUGCAUUUAUGUAUUGAAAAGUAGGACAUAGCACCAUGUUCUGUUUACUCCUUAGACUAUCUGCGUGUAGUGUGUGGUUCCAUUGAAGGCUGAAGAAAACUAAAUUCCUAAGCAAAGGCAAGUCGUCCCGUUUGGUGCACUAACUUGGUAAAUAUGAAUGUGCAUAAAACAGUGCUCAAGUGGGGAGCCUGUGGCCAUUUGUGUACAUUCUUUUUAGGCUUUUAAUUGGCCUGGUCACAAGAUAUUGUGUGUGCAAGGCUCUUUUGGAAACUGCUCAUGCCUGAGGUGCGGCUGAGAGUUGGAAUAUGUUGUGACAUCCACAUGUGGUUUCCACAGCAGGCAAGGCUGUUUCAGUGUAAGGUGUGGAUUGUCAGUUCCCUUGUUUUGUGUUUACGUAACGGUGCUUUGUUGGGAACUACUUCGUCAAGUGUGCACGAGGAUGUGCGGUACACUUGCUCUGCAAUUGCAUCUUUGAGGAAAUGCAUAUCUGUGUUACGCAUUUUGUUACCAGCUAAGAGCACGAGUACACUCAUUUUGAAGGUACUGUGAGAAUAGAGCGCCUGAGCUACAUGUUACAGGACUGUGACCGCAUCUAAUGCGGUAAGCAGGGCUGCAUUUAAUGUUGAUAACAUCAUAAUGAAAGCUGUUAAGACGCUGCCAUUUAAAGCAAGACAGAUGGAAGAGUGCACUAGAAUCCUAAAGAUACAACUUUCCAAGGAUAUCUUGAUCAUUCCAUAUGUGGAGAGGCAGUUAACUUGUAACAGUGUGUCUGAUUGUCCCCAUUUGCUCACUGAUGUAGGUGUUGAUGGGUGUGACGGCUUCUUAUGAGUCUGCCAGUAGGUGGUCGUCUAGCCGGUAGUGUUAAAAAAGUAGCCGUGUUUUGCUUGCAAGAUUCAGCUGAGUGCUUAACGUUGCUGUUUCAAACGUCCGGUAUGCAAGUAUAGAUUCUGUGAGUUUGAAUGCACCAAACUGUCAUGUGUCCCCUAGUGCAAGUCAGCAUUUGCCUGUUGAUAGUCCCAAGUUGUUGGUUUCCUUUCCUUGCCAAAGAAGUCAGUUGCUUUUCGAAUACUAAACAAAACGAUAUUAAUCACUCGUAUUGUACCUGCACACAGCACAGUAGACAUAUUUUUUGUUUUGGUUCUGUGGUAGCUGCCGCAGGAAAGUCAUGUAGCAACCAUACUUGUUAGUGCUUGAGUGUUCCCAAGCAUCUAUUUUAUUUUAGUUUGCACAUGUAACUGUGUGUUGUAUAAUUUCCUCCGCACAAUUUUUUGCCAUCUUUCUGUACAUAAAGCAUUUAAGACUCAAGCUUUCGUGGCACUGCCAUUGACAUCAUUCUGGAUUGUUUUCUGUUUUUGCAUUUGCUAGAUCUAUGAAGAUCCCACAGCUACUCUCCCCUCUGCCUUUUUUCAGAUGAUUGCACAGUUGUGGAACAUGUGUGCUAAGGGUUUCUCGUACGCAUUGAAAUAGUAAUGCCAUAUUCUGUUGGUGUCGUGCUGUUGGCCAUAGACAUGAGGGUGCAAAAUUUGGCUUUCAAUAACAAGGCAUCAGUAUUACUUACAUUUCCAGCAGCCCAAAUGCCCUUAGAAAAUAUGUUUGUGCUGGUGUGAGGAGUGGCUGAAAUGUUGUUUUUAAGGGCCUGACAUUGUGCAGCUCUUGCUUUGUCAAGUUGUACAUACUGAUGGUGUGCUUAUUAAACAUUUUCUUAAGCUGUG